AGAAGACUCACAUUAGGAAGAUGGCAGCUCUUUCCUACUUGCUAUGUAGUCUCAGUGUCAAAAAUGCCACUGCUGUGAUGCUACGAAUGAGAACAGCCCCGUAUUCUCAUGUAUUUGAAUGUUUGGUCCCCAGUCAGGAGGAAGUGUUUGGGAAGGACUAUGAGGUGUGGCCUUGUUGGAGCAGGUGUAUAAUUGGGGUUGGGCUUAGAAGUUUCUAAAGCCCACACCAUUCCCUCUCCUGGGGUCCACUCUCCUUGGCCCCUUGCUUUUCUAUCACAUGUAAUCUCUCAACAACCAAUUCAGCACCAUGCUUGCCUGCCUGCUGCCAUGCUCCCCAUUAUGAUGCACAUGAACUCACCAUCUAAAAUUACAACCUUCAAUGAACUCUUUUUGUAAGUGGCCUUGGUCAUGGUGUCUCCUCAAAGCAAUAGAACAGUAAUUAAAGCAGCAGUUAGUACACACUUGACCAUGAUGGGAUUUUGAGGAAUGUGUAAGAUUUUUGGACUUUGCACUAGGAAAGUGGCUGAAUGCUGUAAACAUCAAGUGAAGUCCUAGUAUGAACUUCAAAGACAGUAGUGCUGAGUGCAAUGUGCACUAUAGAGGCCCAGGUCAAUAGAAUCCAGAGGAAAUGAUAUCAGCUUCCAGUCUAGAGAUGGUAAUUGUGAUAUUUUGGCAAAACCAUGGGUGCUUUCAGACCUUGUCCAAAGAGUCUCCCUGAAGCUAAAUUUAAAAGCAUUGGACUGAUUUCUAGGCAGAGUAUUUGAAGACAGUUUAACAUUGAUUCCACUGUGUGGUGCAUAGAGAUCACAGUUAUAUAGAUCUACAAUGAAAAAGAGCAACCAGGGCAAAAGAAAAUACAAAUGUACAGGAGAAAAAGAUCACAAGACAUUUAAUGUUGGAGCCCUAGUUGGUACUGAAAAAGAUAAAGAGAAAAGGAAUAAAAGUAGUGGUACACUCGGGGCAGAUCCUCCCCUCCUAAUCCUGCAAUUUGUGAGAAGAAAAGUCCUUGAGGGAUGACUUGUCCCUAAAGAGCAACAGCAAAUCCAGGCUUAUGCCAAUACAAUUCAAGUAGGGUCCCUGAUUCCAGGUUUCAUCCUAAGCAGGCAGCAGAACUUGACAACAUUGGUCAUGUGGUUCUGGCAUUACAUUCAUGAAGGAAACAUAUGUGAAGGGGUUGUGGAAUCAUCCUCUGUGGUUAAGGAAAGCUGCCGAGGCCAGCACCUGUCAGGGGUGUCCCUGCAUAGAAUCCUAGAGAUGCCAUUAGUGGAAGUUGUGAAGGUGAAGCCUGGAUUUCACUGGAGACCCCAAGGUAAUGAAGAUGCCAGCGUCACAGGACAUCUGCCAAUGAAAGCUGCUAAGGGAGAGUAGCAUGAGCUCAAGAGAAAGAAUUCCAUUGAAGUAAAAAAGGCAGACAGGAACAGGAGAGGUAAAGAGCCUUUGACAUAAAACAGGAAAAUGAGGAGUUUGGAGUUUGCCUUCCUGGGUUUGUUGUGCUAUACUACAGUAUUUCCUCACUAAUCCUUAUUCUUUUCUCUCUUUUCAAAUGGAAAUAUGAAUUUGGUAACAUGGUAUGUUGAAAUAAAGAAAUUGAGUUUUGCUUUCAUGUGAGGUUACAAUUAAAAGAUUGUAUGGAUCUGAGAAGGGAUUUUAGACUAUGAAAUAAGGUUGAGACUGAAAAACUAUGGGGAAUUUUAAAGUUUGACUAAGUGAAUUUGCUUUCUGAUACAGUUACAAGACUAUAACAGACAAGAGAAUGGAAUGCACUGGUUUGAAUAAAACCCCAUAGGUGCAUAUUUUGAAUGUUUGGUCUCCCUUUCAGGAGGCAUCAUGAGGUGUGUAAUUUUCGAAGAGGCAUGUCACUGGAAAAUAAUCUGCGGUAUCAAAAACCCACAGAACAUGGCCAAGGUCCCCUCUGUGGGUAGCAGAAGGACUGAAAAUGGACAGGACUGGGUUUCUGACAGCACAUGCAGGUGGAAUUCAAAACAUACACAUAGGGCUUUACAGGAUGACAAACUGUGAAGGCUGGGAUAAGGAAAGUGAUUGCUCGGUCACCUCUUCCUACCUCCCCACCCCACAUUCUGAAGCCUUUGUGACAUGGAGACAAGAACUCUGUGAUGCAGGCAUGGGCCCAGCUACCCACUCCCAGAAGGAACUCUAGGGGUUCAGUUGCUUGAGAGAAACAGUACAAUUCAGAUGGAGAAUUUUCUCUCUCUUCUGGAAAGCGUUGAUACUUCAUGGAUAACACCCAGCUUCACCACUUUGGCAAUGGAUAUGAUCCUAGCCUUUGUGUGUGGGCUGGGGAUCUUUCACCUCUUAUUACCCUUCCUUCCCCCUAAUGCACCUUCAACUCCACUGGUAGAAAGGAUCACUGCCAAAAAGGUAAGAAUGGCUUAGCCCCAAACAACAGAGAAUAGUUCCCCCUCUCUCCUUAUAGGCUCCACUUUCCAAAUUGAAUAGGGUGGUAGCUGAAAUGGGAUUGCAGCCAACAGUAGAACCCCAUCCUCUCAGAACUGGCAGGUAGGGCAUGGAGACAGCGGGCCCCAAGACAUCUGCUCUCUCACCAUGCAUGCCUGAGAGAAGCCCUGUGAGACUGUGGUCACGGGUAGUGUGCCUGGGAUGGUUAGGGACCUAUGAAAAGAGAAAGUUUCUGAGCACUGGUUCCUAUGUCCCCCUCUAACAUACAACCUUACAGGGUCCAUGGAGCUGACAUGAAGGGGUGAUGAGCUCCAGGACAUGAGUGAGCCUUUGGUUCCUCUGCAGAACCCUGACCAGUGACACUCAUGGUAGCUCUCACAGAGAUAGUCCCCAUUUGAGUUUUCUAAGAGGAAAGGAACACAUAUUAGCAUCCAUUGUGGAUAAGAUGAUGGAGCUGCAUGUGCUGUCUGUCUCUGUCAGGUGGAGAGGAGUGCUCACAGCAAUAUCAGGAAGAAAAUCAGGAUCAAGAAAUAUAGACUGAUUCUUUCCCCUGGAAAGGUGACUCAUCCUCCUGCCCUUGAGUAAUAACACCAAAUGAGAUGCAGCACCAUGGAGGAGGCAGCUCCUUGGAAAGAACCCAGAAUCGAAGACGCUUCCCAGCUUACAGAGGCAGCAGGAAGAAAUUGAGGGAGGACAAGGCACUGGUUUCACUUCUGCACAGCACCAUAAGGAGGCUUGUCAAUACCAUCAGCUUCAGCCAGGUUUUAAGGCAAGAUUCCCAGUUGAAGAGUCCAACCCUGAAGUUGCCAGAGCUGACCAGCCACCUCCGCAGCCCAUAGAGGAAUCUGUGGUCACAGAUUUACCCAUAGCAGAGUACUCUGCUCCUCUCAAGGAACAACUGCUGUCCAAAGAUUCUAAAAUCAUGUCAACUGUCCAGGUGAAUCCCUCAGCUUCUAUUGAGUCACAGAUGUCUGGGAGUGCCUCUCAACCACCAGAGACCUUGACACUAGGGAGAUGCUGUUCACUACCACUGGUACCUUCCCACCUAUUUCAUCCUCCUGAUCCUGUGGCAUAUGCUCCAUCCGUUCCACAUAGACAGAUAGUAGCUCUUCAGUGAGACUGAAAAGCACUGGGGGCCCCACAGAGCAUACCUCUGACAGGAUUGCCAUCUCCCAUGUGAAACACAUCACGCAUUAACCAUGCAGAACAGUCUAACUUUAUCCCACCAAAAAUUAACCACAAAAACAUUCCUGCCUUGAUCAUCCCAGGCCUUAUCAACUCAUGCAGGCCUACCUCCACCACUCAAGGCCUUGACGACUCAAACAGUUCUUGUUCAACCACACUAGAACUUAAUAACACAUGCAGACCUACGUACAACUCUGCCGGUCUAGAAAGCUCAGGCAAGCCUACCUCAAUUAUGCCAGGUCAUGAGUACUCAAGUAGGCCCACCUGUGUCACUCCAGGUCUUAAUAGCUCAAAGAGGCCUACUGAAAGAACUCCAGGAGUAGACCACACAAACAGGCCUUCCUCAAACUCAUUAGACAUUAAUAACACAUACAGAUCUAUUUACCCCCUUGCAGGCCUUAAAAACUGUAGAUCAUGAGAGCUCAAACAGGCCUACCUCUAACAAUCCAGGCCUUAAGAACACAAGCAGAACUACUUCUACAACUCUGGGCCUUGAAAAUUCAACUAGGCCUACCUCAACAUCUGGCAUCCUUGACUACUCAAGCAGGCCUACCUUAAGCAGUUCAAGUCUUAACUGCUCAUGCAAGCCUACCUCAACAACAUUAUGCCUUAACUACUCAAAUAGGCCUAUCUCAAUUACCCCAUCCAUUGUCCACUCCAACAGGCCAGUCUCAGGCCCUACCUGGUCCAAUAUAGUUUCCAAAACUGGUGCCAGUCCAACUCAUCACAUGGUAAGGCCUUGUAAGAACAUCUUUCUGUCAGGCUUCAAAAGGCCUCCUUCUGGAAAGGACCCACAUACAGGCAGAUACAGGCUGGGGAGCCAACAUUCAUUAACCCUGACAUGCAGGAGAUACUGGAAUUUCAGAUUAGUAAGAGAGUAGAACUCAAAGUAUGGAAGGGGAAAGGAAAAGAAAGAUCUGAUUAUAUCUUGGUGUGCAUGGGAAGUAUGCUGCAGUCCUGGAGCCUCAAGCAGACCACUAGCACCUCAGGCCCCUUCUGGAGCCUAAAAAGCAAAUCUGAGCAGCUUUCAGGUCAUCACCAAUUCUACUACCAAGAGGUCUCUAUCAACCAUAUACAGGUCACAGGUAGCCAGUUUUCCUGGGGUCUCCCCUACCUCCUCAGUGGUUACACAGUGGCUACAGUCAAUAUGGCACGGUCUUCACUAGAUCCCCCUGCCAUCAUCUUCAAUGGACUCUGUCCUUACAUACCAAUAGAAAUUUAGUCUGACAUACAUCAAGAGCUCAUUUCUCCAAAGACUUUGCUUUAUCACUUAGGGAAAUCCCAAUAUUUAACCACAAAAUGUCUGACUUACAAGCACCAGUGACUAGAAACCAAAUGUGGAACAGUGAUCCAACCACAAUACCAAAUCUACCAUGCAAUUCACCUCCAGCUAGGAAUAAUGGUGCUUCUCACACUAAUGCUUCAAGAAACCAACUUAAUGUCCCACCCGCUGUUCAAAACCUAGAAACUAUAUUUUGAAGAAACACCAAGAAAGAAGUAAAAAUCUACCAGACAGGGUUAAAAAAAAUCACAGGAAGCAUUUCUUGAACUCACUUCAAAGAGGUGGGCCUCCAAGGGCCAGGCUUCCCUUGCCCAUCUCCCAAGGGAAAUCAUUGACCCUGAGCUCCAGGAGCACAUAGAGCAACACUUAAAAAAGCGAUUUUGUCAACUCCAUGUCCAAUGGCCCCACAAGAAUCAAGAAUUGAUACACAUGAUAAAACCUCAGAGGAACCACCUGGAAUGGGUCAGGCAGAGGUGAAUGAUGGGACUGCAUGUCCCUCAACAUUGACAGAUGAGAGCAGUCAACAUCCACAGAGUGUCUCAUCAAAGGUUCCAAAGACAGCCCAACUCCUAAAGGACCCAUGCAAGGAUCUAAACAACUGUUUAGGAAGCAUAUUGAAUGACCUGGAUAGGAGCCCAUAAGGUUCCCUGGGCAAAGUUGUAGAGAUUAUCUCCGAUGCAAAGGCAGAACCCAGCUACUUGAGACACCCAGGAGUUGGCACACCAAGUUUUGCCCUGGUGGGACCAGGAAAGGAGCAUCUAGCAGGCACACUGCAUAUCCAUUCAAGCAGGAAGUGCAAGCACAUCCACAAUAGCAAGAUGGCCAUGGAAAGAACAUCCUUUCACGAUUUGAACAGUCACAAGAAAGAUUCUCAGGGGCCUUCUUUCCUAGAUUCUGGUACGCAGAAGGUGCUAGAAACACAUCUAACCAGAUGUCUUGUGAAACUCUGGUGGAGCUUGGCCCUCAGAGGCCUCAAAACCAUACCUAUUUUUAACAGAAACAAGACUACCUCUGUGCCUUUUCAAAUGCCCUCCAAUGCCUCCUUGUCCUUAGGGGACUCUAGAGAUAAUUCCCUUCCCACAAAUCUCAGUAUCCUGGGAGAAUCUUUUCAGCAUGCCCCAGAAGAGACUGCAAUGAAAGAGAUUCCCCUGUGUAAUCCUCAAUCUGAAAUUCCCGAGAGCUAUUCUAACCAGGGAAACUCUGUGCCUGCUGAGGCCCCUACAAGUAUCCAGGAGGAUAAUAUGAAAUCUAUGUCCACUGCAGAGAGCCAUUUAGGCAGAUCCGGACACUUUAAAACUGUUCAUAAAUCUUGCACAGGUAAGCCAGUGUCAACUCCAGGCCUAAUCAGAGGUAUGUGUCAGUCACAAAAAAAUGAGCAUGUUUCAUUAGGAAAGACAGACCAACCAUUGUCACUUAUGAGCAACAGUGUGGCAUCCCAGUCAACAAGGAGUAGGAAUACCAGGGAGCUGGAGAAGGCAGAGAACAAAGUGUCAUGUGACUGGGCAUUUACCACUGCAGCUCACAAGAUGAGAAACUUUCUAUACAACAAUAAACAUCUAUGGAUUUUGAAUCUCUGGAGAUCACUGAAAAUCCAUCCUCAUCCAGAGCUUUUAAUAAGACACCAGAAUACUCAGGUCUGGGCACUCAUCACUGCUCAGCCCCUGGGGUUUUCCUACUGGACCGUGCCACUGGCACAUUGUUUCAAGAUUGUGCCCCUGAGGUGGUUCUUGCUGCAGAUAUCAGGGCCUCCAAGUCCAGCUGUGUCACGACCACCUCGACCAGCAAGGAAGACGCGACUCAGGAAUCCUUCUCACAGGCAGUUUAUUCAGGACCUUGAACAAAUCUUCUGACACCAGGGAGUGCCCGCCCACAGCUUA